ACAAAAGUUUGCAGUAGAUGUCUGUAGUGAAAGCUUUUCUGCUUGACAUUUAAACAUUUUCAUUUUUUAUGAUAAAAGAGGUACAUGUAUAUGAUAAAUUAUAAUGUACGUGCUAGCUUUAAUGAAAGGUAGCAGUGCUCAAAGGAUAUAGCUUUUUCUUAGUUACCCUUUAUAAAAGAAAAGAACACAGGCAAUUUCAUAGUUCUUUAUGAAUAAUGCUUAGAAAAUAAAUGGGUUCUGAGAAAAUUAAGCAUUUAAGUAUGUAUUUUUUUUUUAUUUGCAGCUCACCAGGACAUGAUUAUAGCUUCUCAAGUUUAUCUAAAAUAAAAGAUAAGAUAUAUAUAAACAUUUUCGAUGAAAUGAUCAUUGAAAAACAUGAGGAUCACUGUCUCAAGAGCUGUAAUGGUCAUUCGUAUAUAAGAAAGAAUUGGCUCGGAUCCAUUAUCUUCCCUUUUUCUGCUCUUCUGCAACAAUCUGAGUUUUCAGAUCAAAUAGAUGUUUUACAAAGAGCUCAGAUCUUUAAAAAGAAUUGCAAGGCAAUGUUUCCUAACCGAAGAAUCAUAACUACUGUUUUUAAUGAUGAAGGCAUACAGAUCUUAGUAACAAGAUAUAUCAAGGCAUUAAAUCCACCUCAACAAUUUCUGGAAACAUUUCUUCAUGAUUCUAGUGCAACAUUUGACCUUGUUGCUCAAUUUGUAUCAUUGAUUCCUUUUAUACCUGAUACACUGGAUGAAAAUGAUGGUACUGAUAUAUGGAUGACAUCAGAGCGCGUUAUCACUUUGGCUCUUGGAAAUAAGGAGGAGCAUGCCAUACUUCUCUGUAAUUUCUUUCUGUAUUUUGGGAAGAAAGCAUUGGUCCUACUGGGAACCUCAGUGUUAGAAGGGCACGUGGCUUAUGUAUUAACUCAAGAAACUGAUGAAUAUUUGCUUUGGAAUCCAUCAACUGGGCAAUGUCACAAUCAGUUUGACCCAUUUUGUCCCUUACAAAGCGUAGAUUGUUUGUUUGAUGAUAGAAAUGUCUGGUUUAAUAUUCAACAAAAUAAUAUACCAAUGGCUGUCCAUUUUGACUAUUCAAAGGAAAGUUUCUGGAAACAGUUGCUUCCAAAAAGUUUUCCAGAGACAAAAGUACAAAGUAUACAGCCUGAAGAAAUAAAUUAUACUGAGACUAACAAAGCCAUGGUAGAAGAUCUAAAGAACAGGAUUGAAAGAACUCUAAAGUGUAAAAUGAUGGAAUGGCGACCUCAACACCCAACACGUUGGAAUCGACAAUGUACUUCUAUUUUGCGACAAAUCCUUCCUAAGCUAGAACUUGGCAUGGAAAGGUUUGCUUCAUCUGAGGAAGAGAGUGAAUUUGAAAAACUACUACAACUUUAUUGGGUUGUAGGAUUUCCCAUCCAGAUGCCAUACACGGAUCUACAGUCAGUUAUUGAUGCCGUGUAUCAAACUGGAAUUCACUCUUCUGAAUUUCCUCAGACAGAAUUUGCUUUAGCUGUGUACAUUCACUCCUACCCAAAUAACAUAUUAUCUGUGUGGGUCUAUUUGGCUUCCUUAGCCCUAUAUCAGUGAAAAGGAGGAAGAGAAAAGGCAAAGACUGUGCUAUGCGUCCCUAGACCAGGAGCAACCAAGAUUUUUCUGGUACCUGGUACUUGCUCUAAAAUCCAGCCAAGUGCUGAGCCCAAUUUUUGAUUCACUUAUAGAGGUGGGCACUAUGGAGACUCACUCCCCUGAGUCUUUGAGGAUGAAUCUAGAUGAGAGAUUCAUCCAGAGACCUCUUCAAGGAGAAUCCUUUGGGAAGUCUGGCUGUCUUGGGUCACUGUCUGUUGUAAGUCUUACUCUGAAAAAGAAGCAAUUCUGGCCUUUCCCCCUACGGUUGAUGUUUCUCAAAUGAUGGACCUCAC